GACCACUGAUUUAAUGAAUCUACAGUAUCGAUUUAAAGAAAGCUGUUGUUUAACAUGAUUCAGCAUCAGAUUCUUCCACUCUUAUGAGUAUUACCUGGAAACUCCUUGAGGAGUGAGGUACUACACAAUAUGUGCCCAGAUCGACUCCAUGGGCCCUGGGGAAACACGCUCAUUUGACUGUGAAGGAAUGCAAGGGCAGUAUGUGACUGUGACCAUCCCAGGCACAGAAAAAUACCUCACACUGUGUGAAGUCCAAGUGUUUGGUCUACCAGUAAAUUCUUCUGACCUCAUGCUCAAUGAAACUCUGGGCCCAAGGAUCCCCAAUGGAGAUCAUUUUGAAACUGACAUAUGGAUCACUCUGAAUAACUCUAGAGCAGCUCCUAAUGUAGCCCUGGGGAAAACAGCCUCCCAGUCUAGCACCAGAGAGAUUGAGGACAAUCCUAUGAGGGCCACUGAUGGAUCUUUAUUGAACCGUUCUCCGAGCCAACAGUGCUCACAAACACACAGAGAUUUCCAGCCGUGGUGGACAGUGGAUUUGAGCAAAACAUUUAUUGUGUCCUCAGUGGUGAUCACAAAUCAAGGUGACUGUUGCAAAGAGAGGAUCAAUGGUGCAGAGAUUCGGAUUGGGAACUCAUCAGAGCUUGGUGGGACACUGAAUCCCAGAUGUGCUACAGUUGAGUCCAUGGAGCUUGGGCAAACACUCUCAUUUGACUGUCAUGGAAUGCAAGGGCGUUAUGUGACUGUGACCAUCCCACGGCGAGCUGAGUACCUGACUCUGUGUGAAGUGCAGGUGUUUGGUCUGCCAUUGAUUUUCCCUGGUGAAACACUCCGAGCACCAAAGACAACAACAGGAGUCCCAAAUGUAGCACCGAAUGGUAUUGCCUCCCAGUCCAGCAGAUAUAUGUACUCCUAUAAUGCUCAGAAUGCUAUCGAUGGCUCUUUAUCUGCCAACGCUUUGAUGGGAGAGUGUACCCACACACGUCAAGAAUGGUCACCCUGGUGGAGGCUGGAUUUGAAAUCAGAGCAUAAAAUCUUCUCUGUUGCAUUAACAAACCGAGGAGACUGUUGCAAGGAUCGGAUAAACGGUGCUGAGAUCCGGAUUGGGAACUCUAAUGAACGAGGUGGAAUAAAGAAUCCCAGAUGUGGGACAGUUUUCCGCAUGGAUUAUGAGGAAACCCUCUCAUUUGACUGUGAAGAAAUGCAAGGGCGGUAUGUGACAGUGACCAUUCCUGGGCGAGCUGAAUACCUCAGUCUGUGUGAAGUGCAGGUCUUUGGUCUGCCUGUGAGUCCUUUAAGCUACCUGAGCACUGAGGCUGACUGGCUGAUGCCACUUCCCAAAACUAGCCCUGAACAGAAUCCAGUAAAACAGAACGGUCUCCUUGAAAAAGCCUUUAUUUUCCCGGAAGAAACAGACAAUAGCUAUGUUGUUCUGUCUCCAGCACAGCCCUUGAGUCUUGAAGCAUUCACACUUUGCAUGAAGGCGGCCUCAGAGUUACCACCCAAUCGAGAAAUCAUUCUUUUCUCCUACCGCACCAAGUACUAUGAUGAACUCAAUGUGUGGCAAGAGUUUAAUGGCACCUUUAGUUUGUACCUGAGUGGUCCUGGAGUGCACUUCACCCUCCCCAAACUCAAUACCUUUGGGAGUCACAUGUGUGUGACCUGGGAAUCCAAAUCUGGUCUCACAGCCUUUUGGGUAAAUGGUAAAAGGAGCCUAAGAAAAGUGCUGAGACCAGGGCAUAGGAUCCAACCAAAGGGCAUUGUCAUGCUGGGGCAAGAUCCAGACACAUUCUGGGGCAGCUUUGAGAAGGCCCAAAGCUUUGUGGGAGAAAUAAGUGACCUUUAUAUGUGGGACCAUGUCUUAUCACCCUCCAUUAUCCAGAAUGUUUACCUGGACCACUCAUUUCCCAAGGGAAAUAUUUUUGAUUGGAAAUCAUUAUCAUAUGAGUGUACAGGAAAUGUGAUCGUGCCAUCCAAACUGUAACUGAGUGUAAUGUGAAUGACGGGGCUUCUGACAUUCUAAUGUUUCAUUUCUCCUAUGUGUGCACAAGAAAUAAAACAGAACAAGGAAUAGAGUGGAAAACUCUA